AAAUUGUUUUGGUUUUCUAUUAGGUCUAAAGCUAGAAAUACUGAGUUAUAAUCGGAACUCGGAUUUUAGAUUUUUUUUUUUGUGUGUGUGAAAUUAAAUUAUAUACACUUCAUAAUUUUUGAAUUACACUAUUUCUAAAGAAUGAUUCUGAUAUCUAAAAAUUUGAAUUAUUUAUUUCAAAGAACAGUUAAAUGCAAAAUGUUUAACUGAAGGACAAAAACAUAUCACUAAUUGUCAAGAAAUGCCACCUUCUUCAGGAGAAUUGUGGGGGCAUCAUUUGAUGCCCCCUACCAUUACUGUAGAUUGCUUAAUGCCAACUGGAAUAAUCAUUCCAUUAAUAUGUGUUCGAGAUGCUACUCUGGAAACUGUCAAAUCUGAUUUGUGGCAUGAAGCUAAACGAUAUCCUCUUCACCAUAAAUUGGCUGAGCAGAUGUCUUAUAUAUUUGUGUCUGUCACACAAGAUGCAGAGAUUGAAGAAUUUUAUGAUGAGACUCGACGUCUUUGUGAUCUGCGAUUGUUUCAACCAAUUCUCAAAGUGGUUGAGCCAAAAGGCAAUAAGGAAGAAAAAAUGCUCAAUUCUGAAAUAGGUUUGGCAAUUGGAAUGCCUGUUCAUGAAUUUGAUGAAAUGAAAGACUCAGAAGUUAUUGAUUUUCGUCGAAGCAUUUUAAAUGUUUGCAAAGAAACUGUUGAAAUCCGUGACUCAGGUGCAGAAGACAAACUUGCAUCCUAUGUGUAUCCACCAGAGAUAGAAAGCUCUAGAGAAUUUCCACCCAGUCUUGAAAGAAAAUUAGACAGAGGUUUAGUAAUUGUGUGUGUUUGGGUACUUUCACCAACUGGGGAGAAGCAGAAAUACACUGUUAAAGUUUCUAAAGAUGACUACCCUGAAAGUGUGACACAAGAAGCUAUUUUGAAAAAACUAAAGUGUAUGAAACUUACUAAAGAACAACAAAAGGAACGUGCUAGAGAGCAUCAGCAUAGUUAUCUUCUUAAAGUGUGUGGAAUUGAUCAAUAUUUAUUAGAAAGAUUUCCUCUGUCGCAAUACAAGUAUGUUAGAAAUUGUAUUGCCAAGGGUGAAAUCCCUCAACUAAUGUUGAUGUCCAAAGAAGGGGUGUGCAAUUCUCUCCCUCACUGUGAAUUUAGGAUGCCUUCUUUUUUACGCCGUGCUCCACCACCACCAACCAAUGAAGAAUGCAUAUCCCUCUGGAAUGUUGAUGCUAUGCUGAGGAUAAAAGUUCUGUGGGCCACUUAUGUAAAUGUCCGUGAUGUUGAUAAAAUAUAUGUGAAAACUGGUAUAUUCCAUGGAACUGAACUUUUGUGUCCAACACGUGAUACAUCUCAGGUUGUCUUCUCCAAUCCUAAAUGGGAAGAAUGGCUUGAAUAUGACUUAUUUGUUCCUGACAUUCCUCGUAGUGCUCGGUUAUGUCUUUCAGUAUGUAGUGUAUCUCGUAGAAAGAGGAGAGAGGAACAUUGUGCAAUUGCAUGGGGCAAUAUAAACUUAUUUGACUAUAAAGAUCGACUCUUGUCUGAUCGUGUUAGUGUUCAUUUAUGGGCUAUGCCAAAAGGAAUGGAUGAACUUUUAAAUCCAAUUGAUACAACUGGAUCUAAUCCUAAUAGAGACUCUCCAUGCUUAGUACUUGAAUUUGAAAGAUUUAGCAGUACUGUUGUAUUUCCAACUAUGGUGGAAAUAGAAGAAUAUGCAAAUUUUGUUUCCAAGCUUGAUGUGCAAGAGGAAAGUAAAAGAAUGCCAUCUGAUGCUCAGUCAGAAUUUGAAACAUUGAAGGAAAUAAUUGAAAAAGAUCCAUUGUCAGAAAUUUCAGAACAAGAAAAAGAACUUUUAUGGAGGCUGCGUCGUGAAUGUAUGGCUAUUCCAGAUUCUCUGCCUAAACUUCUUGAGGCUGUAAAAUGGAAUAGUAGAGAUGAUGUUGCUCAGAUGUAUAUGCUGUUUAAAGAAUGGCCUCAGGUUUCACCAGAAGUGGCUCUAGAGUUGCUUGAUUGUAAAUAUGCUGAUAAAGUUGUUCGAGACCAUGCUGUAUUGUGGUUGAAUUCUGGUCUAACUGAUGACCUUAUGUCACAAUAUUUGCUUCAACUUGUACAGGUCAUCAAGUACGAAUCUUACUAUGAUAAUAAUCUUGCUAAGCUUCUUCUUAGAAGGGCUUUAUCAAAUAGAAAAAUUGGGCAUUUCUUUUUUUGGCAUUUAAAGUCAGAAAUGCAUGAUCCAUCUGUAGCAGUUCGUUUUGGUUUAAUGCUUGAGGCUUAUUGUAGAGGUGUAGGUUCGCAUUUAAAAUCCAUAGUAAGACAAGUGGAAGCACUUGAAAAGCUUACGAAACUUACUGAUACAUUGAAAGCAAGAAAAGAUGAAACUCAGAAGGAGAGGCUAAAAUUUUUAUAUGAACAAGUGCAACAAGCUGACUAUUUAGAGGCUUUGCAGAAUUUUCCAUCUCCUCUUAAUAAUAAUCAUGUUCUAGGAAAUCUCAUUGUUGAAGAUUGUAAAAUACUCGAUUCUGCUAAACGCCCCUUGUGGUUAGUUUGGCUGAAUCCAGAUCCUAUGGCAGAAUGCUUAUUUAAAUAUAAUUCUAUCAUUUUCAAAAAUGGAGAUGAUCUUAGGCAAGAUAUGCUGACAUUGCAAGUCAUACGCAUCAUGGAUUCUAUAUGGCAGAAUGAAGGUUUAGAUAUGCGAAUGAUGCCAUAUGCUUGUUUAGCUACUGGAAAAGAUGUAGGUAUGAUUGAAGUAGUGAGAAAUGCUAAAACUGUGAUGAAUAUUCAGAGAAAAGGAGGGAGAAUGGCUGCCUUUCAAGUCGAUUCUACUCAACUUCAUAAAUAUAUCAAAGAAAAAAAUAAAGGAAGUAGGUAUGAUCAAGCAAUUGAAACAUUUACUCAAUCCUGUGCAGGAUACUGUGUUGCUACAUUUAUUCUUGGAAUUGGUGAUAGGAAUCCUGAUAACAUCAUGGUAAAUGAGGAAGGUCAAAUAUUUCAUAUUGAUUUUGGACAUUUCUUGGGACAUUUCAAGAAAAAAUUUGGCAUUAACAGAGAAAGAGUUCCUUUUGUACUUACUGAAGAUUUUCUGUAUGUCAUUGCUAAAGGUGCUGAAAAUCCCAAGAAAAGUAAAGAGUUUCAAGCGUUUAUGCAACUGUGUGGAAAAGCUUAUCUCAUGCUAAGAAGGCAUGCUAAUUUAUUGAUCACUCUUUUCAUCAUGAUGUUGUCAACUGGCAUACCAGAACUGCAGUCUAUGAAUGACAUUGGAUAUCUGCGAAAAACUCUGCAGGUGGAAAAGACAGAAGAAGAAGCACUUGAAUAUUUCCAGAAUCAAUUUUUUGAGGCUUAUGGUGGUGCAUGGACAACAAAACUGGAUUGGUUUUUUCACAGUGUAAAACAUCUGUGAUUUUUUUUUUUUUUUAUUGCAAUCAUAAGGUUACCUAGUCACUUUUCUCUCUCUCUGAAUGGUGUAAAAAAAGCAUUCAGGUUUUUUUAAUAAAAUCAUAUUCAUAAACAUUUUUCAUUGUUAUCUAGGGCUUAAAAGAUUCAGUUGAAGAUUGACGAUGAAUUUACAUAUCCAUACUUUUUGAAUUUGU